UGUGCUCGCUAUUAAGCGUGUUUAUUGAGACAUUUUAAUAUUCAGUGUGGCGUUGUGAUUUUUUCGGUACAUGUCGCGGCACAGAAACGUAAGAGCGUUGUAUGAUGAUGAUGUCGAUACUUAUGACGAAGCCUUCGCUAGUUCAGUUGAUGAUGACUAUACAAUAUCCCCGAACACAUCAGAACGAUACAUAUAUAAUCCUGACUGUGUAUUCAAGCAAGACAUAUCAGUAUCUAUAACGAAUGUCAAGCCAUUAAGUUUCACAGCAGAAGAUUUCCCAGCAAACGAUUCCGAAAAUUUUAAACCAGACGAUUCUCCUGGAGUUGUGUCUGGACGAAUAGGGUCUUGUCAGGCAUUUGAUUUCUCCGUACCAAAAACUAAUGAAGUUACGAAUCAAAAUGAUAGCGUGCAUGGCUCUGACGAGGUGUUUGGUAACAGUGAUCUCUUUGACUCAACUUCAUGUGUACCUCAAGCACGUCCCACGGAAGGGGUCAAUCAUGCUGAUACAUCAUUAUUAAAUUUAUCUCUUUCUCAGAAAUUGACGAUCUCUAGUCAUUCUGAUGAACGUUCUAACUUCUUACGUACUCCGGGCAAUAAUUCAGCAACUCCUAGUAAACCCAUUGACCGGCAUUCUUUGGUAAACGAAUAUUCUAAAUUGCAUAAAGAGUCAGCAGAAAAAGAGAUUAUCAAUCUUAUCGUUAUGGGACAUGUGGAUGCUGGUAAAAGCACUCUAAUGGGAAAUCUACUUUGUUUGUUAGGACAUGUUUCUAGCAAACAAUUAGCUAAAUACCAAUGGGAUGCACAAAAAAUGGGCAAAGCAUCAUUCGCCUAUGCAUGGAUUCUAGACCAAACUUCAGAGGAAAGAAAUCGUGGCGUCACAAUGGAUAUUGCACAAACUUCAUUUGAAACGAAAUCAAAACGAGUUGCUCUAAUGGAUGCUCCUGGACAUAAAGAUUUUGUUCCACAAGUUAUUGGCGGUGCGACUCAAGCUGAUGCUGCUCUCUUAGUUAUCAAUGCUACUCGAGGUGAAUUCGAAACUGGAAUCGGUGCUGGAGGUCAGACAAGGGAACAUGCUCGAUUGGCUCGUUUAUUAGGGGUUUCUCGUUUAAUUGUCGCUGUAAACAAAAUGGAUACAGUAGAAUGGUGUCAGUCACGAUUCAAUGAAAUUCAGGCACAAAUAUCUAGUUUUUUAAAAUCUAUGAAUUUUUCCGGAGUUGUGUAUUGUCCAGUAUCUGGGUUGGUCGGGGCUAACUUAGUACCUCGAAAUUUGUUUAAUAGCAGUAAAAAUACUUCAGAGACAGGUUCUAACCUGUUUACGUGGUAUACGGGACCCUCGUUACUCGAACUUAUUGAUUCAAUUCCAUCACCAGAUAGAACUGUUGACGGACCUUUUCGUUUUGUUGUCAGUGAUAUAUUUAAACCUGCUGGUUCCAGUGUACCAAUGGUUGCUGGACGGGUUAUAUCUGGAGCUAUUUCUAGUGGUGUAAAUAUACCUACAAGUAAGGUUAUUUGUUUGCCAAGUGAUGUACGAACUUGUGUAAAAUCUAUCAGAUCAUUAUGUAAUACUCGUACAGGUCAAAAUGAUGCUGAAGGUGACCUCGGAGGCAAAUUGUUAGAUCAAGUUGUUAAAUUUGCAUUUGCUGGUGAUCAAGUGGCGUUGAUGUUGACAGAUAUCGAUCCAUUUCAAACUCUUAUUCCUGGUGAUCUACUUACUGAUCCAGACAAUCCAAUACAACCAUCAACUUGUAUUUCAGCUAAAUUGUUAGUAUUCUCUAUACAGCAACCUAUCACGAAAGGUUAUCCUGUUAUAUACUAUUAUAAUUGUGCCAGUGUAGCAGCCACCAUCACUAAAUUAAAAUCUAUGACUCAUCGAGAAAAUAAAAUGGAAAAAGUUGUUCGAAAACCAAGAUGUCUUCUUGGUAAUUGUACAGCAAAUGUAGAGUUGACAUUUGAAAGACCAAUUUGUAUAGAAGUUUAUGAAAAAUGUAAACCUCUAGGACGAUUUAUGCUUCGUGUUGGCGGUGAAUCAAUUGCUGGUGGUACUGUAACUAAGGUAAGUGGAAAAUAUUUAUUUAAUACUUAUAGAAUCUAUCUUAAAUCCUCAGAGUAAUCAUUAGUAGCAGAACUAUACAUUAUUCAAAGUGAAGUGUAUUGGAUUAUCCGGUUGUUGAUAUUUUGACUGAAAUUCGAUCACUUUACUUGGCUUAUAUGCAUCCUGUGCGGAUUGUGUCGAUAUAUUCAUUAUGACACCAUUUGUUCCUUCAGGAUACUGGAGCACAUGUACACCAUUGGUUUGGGAUCAGGGUUUUCCAACUCCCAUAGGUGAAUCCUCUAUAUCCACCAACCCGGUCUAGGCGCUGGACACUCACUUUUUGUCCUCUCAAUUUCGUAAACAACAGUAAUGCCGCGAGAAGGCAGUGAGUAGAAUUUAUCUGACAGUGGCCAUGUGAGAGCAUUUCGAGAGGGAGAGGUGAAUCUCCCUACUCUCGGUCGUACCAGGGCAUUUAGGAAUAGAGUCAGUUAGUCAUCUACAACGUAGAACUAGCCACACCUCAUUAACACAACAAGAUGAACACCAAAUUCAUAGAAGCAGUUACUUCUAUGGUAGUAAUAUAUAAAUGAAGGAUUGUGUAAAUAAGGAUAUAGUACAGGAAGAAAGAAUUAGUUCAUAGAAAAAAAAAGAUAUGAAGCUAUUUUAAUCUCAUAGAUUAAGGAAACACAGAGAGUGUAUACACGCACACUAUUGUGAAUGAUCGAUUCUGAGCUAUGUCACCAAGAGUCUCCAACCAUUGGUUACGAUAGUCAUACAAACCGAAAACAAAUGGUCUGCAUCGAUCAACAUGGCUCACACCAGGAGUUAGUGACUUUAUGGACUGAUGCGUGUAUACAUCCACACCAUUGUGAUCGAUUUUGAGCCAUGUCACCCACAGUCUCUAACCAUUACUUACGAUAGUUACGCGGAUUCCAACCAAGUAAUCAAUACUGCUCUAUGAUUAUUUGAUUGGUAAUUUAAUAUACAUUAAAAUAGUUUACUUGUUAUUUCAUAUACAAAUCAUUAUUUAUUACAAUAAAUACCAUGUCUAUUAUUAAUACUUAUCUAUUUAUCUCUAUGUAUAGUUAAUUCCAUUAAAAAAGGAAUCAUCUAAUUGAUCUGUAGUAAAAAUAACAACAAAAUAAUUAAAUAAAUGAUAUAUUUUGAAGAGAAGAAAAAGAAAUGAUUCACAUGGAUUGUUUUAUUAUUGAACAUUUAAUGCCAGAAUGUCUUUCAUUAUUCAUUGUUGGAAAUGGACUAUUAUUAUAAAUAUUUAAUAGUCUUUAUUAUUUAUAUAUAGGAGAAUUUCAAUACUUUUUUUCUUAACGGUUUACUGUCCAUUUAUCUUUUAGUCUUACAUUAAUGAUACUAUUUCAAUUGUAAUGUAAAUGUUAAUGGUGUAUGUUAUUGU